AUGGCGAUCAGGGAUAUAACAGUCGAAGAAAUCGACACCAUGUCGAGCUGGGCUGCAGAGCGCCUACAUGUUGACAAGCCUGACUUUGAGUGGACCCGAUCUGUUGCCCAGACGUAUCGACAGUUCGGGCACCACGAUGAAGCUAUCCAAGCCUAUGGGAGGGCAACUGAGUUGCAGCAAGACCACUGGUCCAUCGACUAUGGGCUGGGAGAAUGGUCAAAAACAGCUGAGCUGCUUGAGAAUAUCAUUCGACGAGUUGAAGCAAGCGAGGAUAAAGGAUCUUCUCCUGCAGAAGUCAUCACUAAGAUUCGUUUUUGGCUUGCGUGGGCCUGGGUACAAGUGGACCAGCACGAGAAGGCCAUUGCAGUGUACGAUGGACUUUUAGCAACAAACCCUGGCGAUUACGCUUCGAUAUUGAGAAAGAUAGUUGCGCUACGACGGCAAGAAAGGUAUGAAGACAUCAUCGAAUUCUUGCAACAGCUACAACGAGACAAGGAUCCUGCAUACGGCAUCAGUCGACUGAGCAUGACAUUCCACAGCAACGUCUAUGCGAUGGCGCUACAUAACGGGGUCGUGCUCGCCGGCAAGAAGACAGGUAACCUUCCGUUUGUGCAGGCGGCUUAUCGAAGUGCAAUAGAGCAAGCCAUGGAUCAGGAAUACUUGCCCAUGGAGCCGCACACAAAGGCACGAUAUCGGGUCGCGUUAACCAGUGAGCUGGCAGACAUCCUUUACAAAUACCCGCAGGAUCCAGAGGACCAAGAGGAAGCCUUGGAAUUGUGGGAGACUUGCUUGGCCGAUGCCGAUGACAUUGGCCUGGCCCCCGCCCGCCUCUCCAUUGCAAAGUCUCUCUCGACUGUGUACGCUGAGCAACUGCAUCAGGUUGGCUCCGAUACCAAGCAGACCGACGAGAUUCUCGAUAGACUUUUGCAAUUGUCUGGGGAAACGACUGCGGACCUGGCUGCGGACUUCGGUGGUGCGUUCGUUAGUACCGUCGACACCCGGCUGCUCGUGGGGCGCUACUACAGUAAGGUCGGGAUGAAGAAGGAGGCUGAAGAUUGUCUCCGUAGUCACAUCAGAAUCGGCAUUGACCUAUUGUCAGACGAUGAUCCAAGCAAUGACUGGCAAGGGUAUCUACGGCUGGCCAGCACUCUGAUGUACUACGGGGAUAAAGAAAAUGCGCUCGCGGCGUGGUCGCUGAUCGGACCAAACGAGUUCAAUAAGCGGAAGGACGUUGAUGGACUCGACAAGGCCAAUGAUUCUACCGGUGGCAAUGCGUCUGGACGGAAACAGGAAGACGACGAUAUCACCCUGAAGCAGGAAAUGAACAAGGGGGUGUCCUCCGAUGGACAGCAAGAGCCCGAUCAACCCUCUCCUCUUGCUCGAGCGAACAAGACCUUGCGAAGGAUCAAAGGCCCACUGCCGCCCUACGGUUGUGACGGUGGGAGCUGUGAGCACUGGUGGACGUAUGCAAACGACAUCUACGUCUGCAUGGAUUGUCUAGACAUGAUGUUUGCGAAACCGUGUUAUGAACUGCUUCUCAAAGAUGCCCUCGAGCUCAGGACCUGCAACCCGACGCACGACUUUCUUCACAUCCCUUCAUGGGACGAACACGAGGCGGAGCAGAGAGGUCCGAAACAUGUGCGUCAAGCGGGAAAGAUAAUACCUGUCGACGAACGGAUCAAGGAAAUUCGGAGAGACUGGCAGCUGGAGGGUGAUCAGACAAGGUGA